GAACAGAUCAAUAGUGUUUUUAUAUAAUAUAAUUAAUUUUUUACACACUGUAGCUAUUGCAUGUCACUUGUUUUUUAAACAAGCAAAAUCUAAUCCAAAUUUUUUGUCAAAUAAAUUAUUAAUUUUCUUAUAUUAUUGUUGAAUAUUAAUCAUUAAAUCAAUUGUAUUUAAAAAUGACAGAAAUAGGGACACAAAUAGAUAGCGACAGAAGAUUAUUGGCAUUCAAAGAUUAUGAAAAUUAUUUAGAUUCUCUAAUAACAUUUGUUGACCUUGGUUAUUUAGGAAAUCUUAAUGUUGCACGUGAAAUAGCCGAGCUUGGCUAUCGUUGUACAGGUGAAACAUUGAGUAGAGAAGCAUUCUAUAAACGUGUAAAGGCUGUAAAGGAUCUAUUUUUCCCACUCUACAGACCAUACGAAUUAACAUCAGAGUUAAUAACACCUGCUAAUGCAGUAAUGCAAGAACUAGCACUUCGGGAGCGUUUAAAUAGAUUAAAACUCAUAUCUACCAUUAUAUUCAUAAGAAAUUUAACAAGACUUCAAUUUGAAAUCUCUGGCUACAUUGACUACAGUGAAAGACUUGAAAAAGAAAAUUGGGUUCCAUAUUUCGAAGGAAAGAAAAAAAUAUGGCCACGUGCAUCGGAUCUUGCAUAUUAUCAUUGGAGAACAGGGAAAACAUGCAUAAACGAAACAUCUAAUUAUCAACCAAUUAUAGACCCAAAACAUGGUCUUCUAUUCAAAAACUGUCAUGAUAGACAUUUGAUUAACGUAAAUCCUGAAGCAUCUUCACCAGGUGUAUGUACAACACGAAUAAGAAUAUUUUGCCUUCAAUACGAACAUGUAAUAUUGUAUGAUCAUAUUAUUCGGAGUAAAAGUUAAAUAAAUAUUAGAAAUUCAUAAAGACAAAUUUCAGUAUAUUUAUAAGAU